AUGUGUAGAUUUUUAAUAUUCAAAGGGAAAGAACCAAUAAGGUUAUCACAUCUAUUGACGAGACCUGCACAUUCUAUUAUUAACCAAUCCUUUGACAGUCGAUUAAGGUUAGAUACAAGGCGACCAAUGAACGGUGAUGGGUUUGGUGUUGCCUACUAUCCUGAAGAUCAAGAAUUAGAUGUCGAUGGACCAUGUAUGUUUAAAGCUAUCACUCCUGCAUGGAAUAAUCAGAACUUAGAGACACUUGCAGAGAAGACUAAAUCAGAUUUGGUAUUUGCACAUGUCAGAGCCUCUACUUAUGGUGUAUUAUCUGAGACUAAUUGUCACCCUUUCACGUAUCAUAACAUUUGUUUCAUGCAUAAUGGUGGUAUAUCUAAUUUUAAUAAGAUAAAAAGGAGGUUAUUAAAUCAUAUCAAGGAUGAAUAUUUAAAUUACGUACAAGGAAGUACUGAUUCUGAAUUUGCAUUUGCAUUAUUUUUAGAUACAUUAGAUAAAUUUGGUUGUGAUCCUAAACAGGUAAUGGGUGAUUUUGGUCAUGUUGCCCUAAGACAAUCAUUAUUGAGAACAAUAGAAUAUAUUAAGGAUUGGACCAAAGAAGCAUAUACAGGUGACGAACCAUGGGAACCUUCGUUAUUAAAUUUUGCUAUCACUGAUGGGUCUACAGUAGUUGUAUCGAGAUAUAUUACUUCUAAGACGGAUGAAGCAGCAUCAUUACAUUUCAGUUGUGGUUCAAGUUUUGUAGAGAGUUCACCUGGUGAAUAUCGUAUGGAACGUUUAGAUAGAAAUCAAGAUGUUAUCAUGGUUGCAUCCGAACCGUUAACUUUUGAAAGAGGUGAUUGGACUGCAGUUCCAACCAAUAGUGUGCUUACGAUAAAGAAACAAACGAUAUUGAUGCAUCCUAUAAUAGAUGAAUAUUAUCAACAAGAUCCAUUAUAUCUUAGAAGUUCUACAUUGGUUGAAAAUAGAGGUUUUAUGGGUACAGUACCAGUUGGGAAGUCAGUCGAGAAGAAUGUUCCACCAUUAGACAGAGAAGGUCGUUUGAGGCAGCUAUGA